AUGAUGGCAGCUGAGGAAGAGACAGUAGUGUUAGAUUCCGCUGUAAAGCAUGCAGACACUUCUGAAGCUGACCUAAGUGACAAACAUGCGGGUGAGAAGUCCGACUGUGCCGCAGUCCCGGUACCGAAGCUGGUGAAGUUGCCGUUGUCGCGGGUGAAAGCGUUAAUGAAGUCUGACCCGGAGUUAUCACUGGCUAGUCAGGAGUCGGUUUUCCUCAUCAGUAAAGCUACGGAAUUCUUAAUAGAAACAAUUGCUAAAGAUGCGUAUGUGUAUGCUCAACGUAGCAAGAGGAAAACAUUGCAGCGUCGAGACAUAGAUAAUGCAGUAGAUGCCUUUGAUGAAUUUGCAUUUUUGGAAGGUAUG